UGGGUGUAAGUUGGGGGAUCUGGAUCCUGCGUGCACGUGUUGAGCUGCUGCUGCUGCGGGAGCACCCAUUUAUUUUUGGCAUUUGACAUUAAAGCUCAACCUUUACAACAUGGCACCAGCGAUUCCCCCAGCUCUUCUGCAGCACUAGAGCCUGACUGGAUGUCUUUGUGGUCGAUUGCUACGCUUUUUUUGAAAGGAGGUCGGGGUUUUAACGAUGGAGUGCGUCUGUUGGAGCUGGCAGUGAAAGACGUGCGCCGUGAGCUAUAAGAGGAAAACAGUUGUGCGAACCUUUGGAAGCGAACCAGCGUUGCUCCACCAUGACCAAAGAGGAGGAGAUCCCAGACUGGGUCGGAGCGAAGGAGUUCUACGACAAGUAUGAGCCCAAGGAGAUUCUGGGCAGGGGGGUAAGCAGCGUGGUCCGUCGCUGCGUGCACAAGCGCACGGAUCAGCAAUAUGCCGUGAAGAUCAUAGACAUCACCCCGUCUGACAAAUUGACCACACAAGAGAUCGAGGAGAUCAGAGAGGCGACGGUGAAGGAGAUCGACAUCCUUAAGAAAGUCUGCGGGCAGGAAAACAUCAUACAGCUCAAAGACUGCUACGAGUCCAAAGCCUUCUUCUUCCUGGUUUUUGAUCUGAUGAAGAGAGGGGAACUUUUCGACUACCUCACAGAGAAAGUCACUUUGACGGAGAAGGAAACCAGAAAGAUCAUGCGCUCUUUGCUGGAGGUGGUCCAGUUCCUUCACGGCCAGAACAUCGUUCACCGGGACCUCAAGCCUGAGAACAUCCUGCUGGAUGACAACAUGAACAUCAAACUCACAGACUUUGGCUUCGCUGUGCAGAUCCAGCCUGGACAGACGCUCAAAGAAGUGUGCGGGACGCCCGGUUACCUUGCUCCUGAGAUCAUUGAGUGCUCUAUGGACGCAGGACACAAAGGAUACGGCACAGCUGUUGACAUAUGGAGCGCCGGCGUCAUCAUGUACACGCUGCUGGCAGGCUCUCCGCCUUUCUGGCACAGAAAACAGAUGCUGAUGCUGCGGAUGAUCUUAGCUGGGAGUUACGACUUCUCGUCUCCAGAGUGGGAGGAUUGCUCUGACACAGCCAAAGAUCUGAUCACCCGGAUGCUGGUGGUGGACCCAAGGCAGCGCUACACUGCUUCGGAUGCUCUAAACCACUCGUUUUUCUCCCAGUAUGUGGUGAACGAGGUGCGACAGUUCAGCCCAUACAGGCGGUUCAAGGUCAUCUGCAUGACCGUGCUCGCCACGAUGCGCAUCUACUGCCACUACCGCCGUGCCAAGCCCGUCACCAAGGAGGUGAUACAGAGCGACCCCUACGCCGUCAAGCCCAUCCGCAAACUCAUCGACGCCUGCGCCUUCAAGAUCUACGGCCACUGGGUGAAGAAGGGCCAGACUCAGAACAGAGCCGCGCUUUUCGAGAACUCUCCGAAGGCCAUCCUGCUGUCCAUAGCCGCUGAGGCGGAGGAGCCGGGCCAACACAGCUGGUGAUGCGCCCGCAGGACCGGGAGUCGCUUCUACUCCAGAAACAGAACUGGUAAACUGAAGAUGGCGUAACUCAGCUGUUCUUUGCACAUGAAGUUGGGGGUGUGGGGGGGCUUAAAAACUGCUGCUUAAAAAAAAAUGUUUUAAUGCCUGGGGGGUUUUUGGUUUUGUUUUGGACAGAGGACGUUCUGGAAAAUGGAAAGUUCUUAAUUUAAGUGAAUGUAGCCUCCAAGGCACUGAUUCAAGUCUUCAUCUUUUGUCAAAAUAUUUAAUUGUCUAGUUUAGGAUCACUAUAUAGACUUUGUCGCCCCCCUCCCCCUAUAUGUUAAUAAUAAUCUUCAGUUUGGACCGCAGGAAUUUCAGGGAACUUGUAUAUUUGAAGCUGCAGACUACCAAGGACGAUGUGUACAGGCACCUGCUCUGAUAAAAAGAGCACUUAAGAUUUGUAAAAUUUCAUUAAACCUUUCAUUUAUCUGAAAA